AAACUAGGAAGAAUUUAAGGACACACACACAUGUCCAUAAAGACGAAGAUGAUGAAGCUAGCUAUAAUUGCUGUCGCGUUGGUGACCUUUGUCCGUGAAGGUCAUGGUCUGGGCGAGGGCGGCAAGUGCUCGGAGUCGUCUGAGAUAAUGUUCACUGACCCAACAGGGGACUGCUCCAAGUUCUACCGCUGUGAUUCGGGCCGCUACAAUUCGUACGUGUGUACCGCCGGUAUGGUGUUCGACAGAACCCAGUGCAUCUGGCCAGAGAUGUCCAAGUCCACGUGCAAAACACCGACGAGAGGCAACGUUCCGUUAAUCCCAGUGGACCAGUCCACAAAGUGCGUUUACCCUUGUCCCGCGACGGCAUCAAUGAUCUAUCCAGACUGGGCCAACAACCAAAAGCUGUACGUGUGCAAGAACGGAAACCUGUUCCAUGCGGCAUGUGUGGACGCCUCCGGAGGCAUACGUUACCAUUAUUUCGACCCCAUUUUCAAGUCGUGCGACGGGAUCAAGUCCAAUCGCAAUAUAAACUUUGUGUAGUUUUCUAAUUAAAUCUCGGUUUGGUGUCUUGCGAAUGCUGUUCUUGGAACUGUUAUGCUGUUUUCUGUAAAAGCGACAUAAAUCGAUGUUAUGCAGUUUAAUAAAUUCAAAAACAUUCAA